GCUGCUGAUGGUGCCACUAUUUCAUGGAAGGAAAACUUCGACCUUAUUUAUGCAGAACUGCAUGAGAUCGGGAGGGGACGAUUCUCCAUAGUAAAGAAGUGUGUUCACAAAGCCACCCGGAAGGACGUUGCUGUGAAAUUCAUUAGUAAAAAAAUGAAAAAGAAGGAGCAGGCAGCGCAUGAAGCAGCCCUGUUACAGCACCUACAGCAUCCCCAGUACAUCACUAUCCACGACACCUACGAGUCUCCUACUUCGUACAUCUUAGUUUUGGAACUGAUGGACGAUGGUCGUCUCUUGGAGUAUCUGAUGAACCACGAUGAACUCAUGGAGGAGAAAGUAGCUUUCUACAUCAGAGACACGAUGGAAGCCUUGCAGUAUCUGCACAACUGCCGAGUGGCCCAUUUAGACAUCAAGCCGGAAAAUCUGCUCAUUGACCUAAGAAUCCCAGUUCCUCGUGUCAAGCUCAUAGAUUUGGAAGAUGCGGUGCAAAUCACAGGUCACUACCAUGUCCACCAUCUCCUCGGAAAUCCGGAGUUUGCAGCUCCAGAAGUUAUCCAAGGCCUUCCUGUCUCCCUGAGCACGGACAUCUGGAGCAUUGGGGUCCUCACCUAUGUCAUGCUAAGCGGUGUCUCUCCGUUGUACGUGGAUCUGCGCGUGAUCGUCUCGCACCCGCUGCUGCUCACGCAGGUGGCAGAUCUGCUGUUCCAGACCGCGCAGGAUGCAGGUCUCGAGUUCGGCUCCGUGUGCGGGGUCCCCUACACGGCGCUGCCCUUGGCCACCAUCAUCUGCUCAAAGCAUCAGAUUCCCAUGCUCGUACGGCGGAAGGAGGCGAAAGACUACGGUACGAAGCGGCUGGUGGAGGGCACCAUUAAUCCAGGAGAAACCUGCUUGAUCAUUGAGGACGUGGUGACGAGUGGAUCUAGCGUGCUGGAAACUGUAGAGGUCCUUCAGAAAGAAGGGAUCAAAGUCACUGAUGCCGUCGUGCUGUUGGACAGGGAGCAGGGCGGGAAGGCCAGGCUGGAAGAACGUGGAAUUCGCUUGCACUCCGUGUGCACGUUGUCCGGGGUGCUGGAGACUCUCCAGCAGCAGGGGGAAGUGGAUGCCCACACGGUUGAAAAGGUGAAGAAGUUCAUUCAGGAGAGCGUGUUUGAGGCAGCCCCUCGGAACGGUCCUGCCGCCGUGACGAGAACGUGUGAGGAGCUGAGCUUCAGCGCCCGGGCCGCGCUCCCCGGGGUGCAUCCCGUCGCCGCCAGGCUGCUCGCGCUCAUGGAGAAGAAGCAGAGCAACCUGUGCCUCUCCGCCGAUGUCACCGACUGCAGGGAGCUGCUGCAGGUGGCUGCCAGCCUGGGCCCCAGCAUCUGCAUCCUGAAGACCCAUAUCGACAUCCUCAGUGACUUUAGCCCAGAGGUAGUGAAGGAGCUGCGAGCGCUUGCAGACCAGCAUGAAUUCCUGAUCUUCGAAGACAGGAAAUUUGCAGACAUUGGAAACACAGUGAAACAUCAAUAUGAAGGUGGUGUUUUCAGAAUAGCUUCUUGGUCAGAUAUGGUUAAUGCUCACGUGGUUCCGGGCUCCGGAGUGGUGAAAGGCCUGAGGGAAGUGGGUCUCCCUUUACAGCGAGGCUGCCUCCUCAUUGCCGAGAUGAGUUCCCAGGGGUCACUCGCCACGGGCGACUACACAAAAGCUGCAGUGCAGAUGGCUGAAGAAAACUCAGAUUUUGUUUUUGGAUUCAUUUCUGGAUCAAGAGUUAGUAAAAGACCAGAAUUUCUUCACUUAACUCCAGGGGUGCAGAUGCAAGCUGGAGGUGAUGACCUCGGACAGAAGUACCUAAGUCCAAAAGAAGUUAUCAGUGAAAAAGGGUCAGACAUCAUCAUUGUGGGACGUGGCAUCUUGUCUGCCUCAGACCGCCUCCGAGAAGCAGAGAAGUACAGGAAGGUGGCAUGGGAGAGUUACUUGAGCAGGCUUGGUGUUCAUGUGUAAGACUGGAUUAAGUUCACUUUUUUUCCAGUGAAUAAGCAAAGCUCAUGCAGCAGUCAACAUGGAGCUGAAGUCAUCAUGAGACUUUUUUCCAAUUAAAUACAUAAACACGUGAUGUUGUCAGUGGAA